GGAAAUGCUCGAUGGCGUCUCAGCCCCGCGCUCCGCCGGGAGCCUGCGCAGCCUGGGACGUGCGGGCCGUGCGUUCCGUGCGGGUGCCAGCGUUUCUGGGCCGGGACUGGGAGAUCCAGGCGGGGUCUCCGCGGCGAGGAGGGCUUCUCCGGAUGUCCGGCUAGAGCAGGAAAGCCUGUCUCGAGUCCAGUGGAAGAAAACAAGGUCGCAGAUUAAGAGCGUCUGUCUCACAUUUGAUCACCUGGGUAGCGUCUUCUUCCUUCGCAAGCUUUUCUCCCACUUAAGCGAGGAACGUACCUGCCUCAGAGAACAAACUCAUCAGCUUACUGCAGGCCUAGCCUGGGAUGCUAACUUUGAAAACAAGGAGAGGUCUGUCGAAUAUCAACCACAAUACAGCAUGGGGUUGCCAUGGAGAUCUUAUUUCAAAACUUCAUAAAGAACCAGACCCUCACGGACUUUUGUAAGUAAGCCCAGACUGGCCUGCACUUAAAGGAAAGGAUCAUGUGUGCACCACCUGUACCUACCACUCAGGAGACCAAGUGGCAGAAGGUCUUAUACAAGCGACAGCCCUUCCCUGAUAACUAUGUGGACCACCGGUUCCUGGAAGAGCUACGGAAAAACAUCUAUGCCCGGAAAUACCAAUAUUGGGCUGUGGUUUUUGAAUCCAGUGUGGUGGUCCAGCAGCUGUGCAGUGUGUGUGUUUUUGUGGUUAUCUGGUGGUAUAUGGAUGAGGGCCUUUUGGCCCCCCACUGGCUUUUGGGAACCGGCCUGGCUUCUUCACUGAUUGGGUAUGCUUUGUUUGAUCUCAUUGAUGGAGGCAAAGGGCGGAAGAAGAGUGGGCGGACCCGAUGGGCUGACCUGAAGAGCGCUCUGGUCUUCAUCACUUUUACUUAUGGUUUUUCGCCAGUGCUGAAAACCCUCACAGAAUCUGUCAGCACUGACACCAUCUACGCCAUGUCUGUCUUCAUGCUUUUGGGCCAUCUCAUCUUCUUCGACUAUGGUGCCAAUGCUGCCAUCGUGUCCAGUACACUGUCCUUGAACAUGGCCAUAUUUGCUUCUGUCUGCCUGGCUUCACGCCUGCCCCGCUCCUUGCAUGCCUUUGUCAUGGUGACAUUUGCCAUCCAGAUUUUUGCCCUGUGGCCCAUGUUGCAGAAGAAAUUGAAGGCAUGUACUCCCCGCAGCUAUGUGGGAGUCACGCUGCUUUUUGCAUUUUCAGCUUUGGGGGGCCUGCUGUCCAUUAGUGCUGUGGGAGCCAUACUUUUUGCCCUUUUGCUGAUUUCAAUCACUUUUCUUUGCCCUUUCUACCUCAUUCGCCUGCAGCUUUUUAAAGAAAAUAUUCAUGGACCUUGGGAUGAAGCGGAAAUCAAAGAAGACCUGUCUAGGUUCCUCAGCUAAGUUAGGGACCUCCAUUAUGUUAUUGAGGCACUCUGAUAGGCUAGCCUCCUAACUCAUAUAAAAUUGGAAGGCAGAGUUCUAGCCUGGAAGCAGCAUGCUGAAAUAAGUGAGAGGAGAGAGGUCAAAAAAGAUAAUAAGCAAAGGCUUGAAUGAUAAAGGUGCUAUCCUCUCUGUUACUUUGUGGAUGAAAAGCAAAACUUUCUGGGGCUCUCUUGAAUUAAUUGCCUCCUGUCUAUUACUCCCUGUAACAAGUGAAGUAAUGUGGUUCCUGUUUAUUAAAACAAGUCAACACA